AUGAGACACAAGCUAGAUGAACAAUUUGGAAGAUUUAUUGACAUGCUCAAGCAACUUCACCUUUCUCUACCAUUUACCGAAGUUGUCACAGAAAUGCCCAACUGUGCAAAAUUCCUCAAAGACAUUUUGAGUGGUAGGAGGACUUGUGAUGUUGUAGAGACGGUCAACUUUACCGAGAAUUGUAGUGCAAUCAUAAUGAACAAGAUUCCACCCAAGUUGAAAGACCCCGGAAACUUCUCUAUCCCUUGUGCCAUUAACAAGAUUCAAAUUGAUAAUGCCUUAUGUGACUUCGGAGCUAGUGUUAGCCUAAUUCCAUAUUCGGUCUAUCAAAGACUUGAAUUAGGGGAACUUUUUCCUUUUAACAUUACCUUGAAAUUAGCCGAUAGGUCAAUCAAAUUUCCAAAGGGUAAGGUUGAGGAUGUUCCUUUGAGAGUAGGGAAGUUUGUGAUUCCAGUGGAUUUUGUAGUUCUUGAAAUGGAUGGAGACGCUACCAUUCCUAUUAUUCUUGGUAGACCUUUUCUUGCUACAUAG